GAGGAGUGAGCAAAACCCUGGCAAGAACCUAAAGAAAAUUGCAUCUAUUUUCCAUUGAUAAACCCUGCCCAUUUCUUACACCACCUCACAGGUCACUAACACGCCCAAUUAAUUAAUUGGCAGAUAUGCCAUCGUUUCCUCAGAAAGGCUCCGUCACAAUCUGCGAAAUCAACAGAGACCUCAUUACUGCAGAUAACCUCUCUGACGAUCAAGCCAAAGAAACCUAUGCCAAAAUUCUCGGAACUGUAUUUAGUCCAGUCGCAUUCGAACCCGAUAAUUUUCUGGGCACGGCAGCGGAACAGCCAAUUGCUACCGGACAUGGCAGAUUUGGGUUUCUAUCUGUGACAUUGAGGGCCCUGUUGAGUGGUUCGCUCAAGCCCCUCUUACGGCCCAUGGAUGUAAAAUUGUUGCAAGAUGUUGAUCUUCGUGGCGUAAGUUGGCACCAACGCAAGCAUAUUUUAGCAUUUAUUUCUGGGCCACAUCACGUGACAAUUCGCGAUUAUGAUGAUUCUGAUAGGAAGGAUCCUUGCAUUUUGAUUCAUGAAUCCCAGAAAGAUGUCAAAAUCGUAGAAUGGAGGCCAAACUGUGGGAAGACACUUUCUGUGGCAUGCAAGGGUGGAAUUUGUAUUUGGUCUGCUUCUUAUCCUGGCAAUGUCGCAUCUGUGAGAUCUGGGGUUACCUCAGGCAUGCUUUCUAGAGGCUCUAUGACUAGAUGGACUUUAGUGGAUUUCUUUCAAAGUUCUGAUGAAGAACAAAUAACUUCACUUUCGUGGAGUCCUGAUGGAAGAUAUUUAGCAUCAGCUUCAUACGAGAGUUCAUCGUUCACCAUAUGGGAUGCUGCACAAGGUCUGGGCACUCCUAUUCGACGAGGUUUGGGAGGCAUAUCGCUUCUCAAGUGGUCCCCCUCAGGAGAUUAUUUUUUUGCUGCAAAAUUUGAUGGGACAUUUUAUCUUUGGGAGACAAACACAUGGACAUCAGAACGAUGGUCAUCCAAAAAUGGAUUUGUCACGGGAGCAACAUGGGAUCCUGAUGGGCGCAUGAUUCUUAUUGCUUGUUCUGAAUCAUCAACUUUAAUUUCUAUUCAUUUUACAUCAAAACCUCCAUCACUAGAUGCACACCCCAUAGCUGUUGAGUUGCCAGAGAUACAAUCCUUGACUGGCAGCCAAGGCAUUGAGAAGAUAGCAUGGGAUGCUUCAGGAGAGCGCUUGGCCGUAUCAUAUAGAAAUGGUGACGAACUAUACAAAGGUCUCAUUGCCAUAUUUGAUGUUAAAAGAGCUCCCUUGAUUGCACCGUCACUAAUUGGAUUCAUCAGAGGUCCUGGAGACAAUCCAAAUCCAAUAUCAUUUUCAUUCUAUGACAAAUUCAAACAGGGACCAUUGCUUUCUGUGUGUUGGAGCAGUGGAUUUUGCUGCACCUACCCACUUAUAUUUCGCUCACAUGUUCUUCCUUAGUCCAAGAGUUGGAGCAUGAAGGCAAAUGUAAAUGUGCAAUGUUUCAAUGCUCGGGAAAACAUUCUCUGUGGUGAUCGUUAAAUUGUUUUAAGACCCUGAUACCUGCAGAUUAUGACAGGAACUUGUUGCUGUUUCGGUUUUUUCCUUCAACUUUUGAAGUGGUUUUUUCUACAUGAAGGUCCAAAUUUUGUUGAGAAUCUGGUGCGUGUACAAAAUUCUUUGUCAAAAAAUUUAGAUCAAAUUUUGAUGGAGGUAUUGGAAAUUGCAUCUCUAAUAAUUCUAUGAUGAAUACCUUUUUGGUAUCCGGUUGGACUUG